AUGACCGUGGACAUGGACAAGUGCAAACGCAUAGUACAGUACUUCUGGGACCCAGAGCCCAAAAACGAGGACCCUGAAUCCGUGAUAUGGUGCCUGGGUCGAGAGUAUGCGCCGCCUUCGCCGGACGAUGCCAGUGCAGGGAAUGACACUUGGCCCAAGGCAUUCAUUUCGGACUUUGGGUCGCGAGUCUGGAUCACCUAUCGAUCGAACUUCAUCCCGAUCCCACGAACCAAAACCCCAGAAGCAACCUCCUCAAUGACCCUGGGAGUGCGUCUGAGGAGUCAGCUGAUGGACUCCCAGGGCUUCACCUCGGAUACUGGAUGGGGCUGCAUGAUCAGGUCGGGCCAAGCUCUCCUGGCCAACACAUUGUCUAUUCUCGUACUAGGACGAGGUGAGAAUCGGCCCGCCAUGCUCCAGACACAAGCUAAUGAUCCAACACCAGAUUGGCGACGCGGAGAAAAAGUGGAGGAAGAGUCGAAGCUGCUCUCACUGUUCGCCGAUCAUCCGGACGCCCCAUUCUCGAUCCAUCGGUUCGUUGACCGUGGGGCAAAUUCAUGUGGGAAGUACCCCGGGGAAUGGUUUGGACCGUCCGCAACGGCCAAGUGCAUAGAGCUACUGUCAACACAGGAUGAGCCUCCCCACCUCCGGGUCUACGUGACCAACGACUCUGAUGUCUACGAGGACAAGUUCACACAAGUGGCCUGUGACAGGUCAGGUAAAAUCCAACCAACCCUGAUCCUGAUUGGCACUAGAUUAGGCAUUGAUCAAGUCACUACUGUGUACUGGCACGGACUACAAUCCGCCUUGAAACUUCCCCAGUCCGUCGGCGUGGCAGGUGGACGCCCGUCCGCAUCACAUUAUUUCUUGGGAGUUCAAGGUUCCCACUUCUUCUUCCUUGAUCCCCACACAACUCGACCCACUACGGCCCAUCACCCCCAGCGACUAUAUACAUCCGAAGAAUUGGAUAGCUAUUACACGACCCGAUUGCGCCGCAUCCAUAUCAAGGACAUGGAUCCCAGCAUGUUAAUUGGGUUCUUAAUUCGCGACGAAACCGAUUGGAUUGACUGGAAGCAUCGAAUUCAAACGUCACCCGGAAAACCCAUCGUUCACAUCUUUCCCGGCAAGCAGGCGACGCACGGAGAGCCUCGCGCUGCCGCACUGGACGAAGUAGAGGCACUGGAUGAUUCGGACGAGGAAUAA